GCAAAGGGUAAAAUAGUUUUGGAAUUAUAAAUUUUAUGCUAUUUCGUGGAAACUCAUGUUAAUGUUUGCAAGAUAAUCAUUAGCCAACCCACCUAUAAAAUACAUCGUUUCAGACUUUAUGUUUACGAGCACUAAAGAACUGUAGACCGCGAAAUAGUUACAGUUCGGAUCGUGAAGGUAAAAGAUUUAAUAAUUUUAACUUUCAUUAAAAGUGUGGUGUUAGACAACAGAUGAAGUUAUAGAUUUAUUUAACGUUAACUUAAUAAAUUUGUAAAUAACAAUGGUGAUGGAAGAACAACAAUCUGAUAUGGAGCUAGACUCAGAAAGAGUUCCUGUUCCUCAGGUGCAAAAAUCGAUAGAAGAACCCCAUAUAGAAACUGUUAAUAAAGUCACAAGUAUUUCACGAGGAAAACCUAGACUUAGGAAGAAAGCAUUACAUGCUGCAAUACUCAAGCAAAUGGAAUUUUACUUUAGCGAUGCAAAUCUAAAUAAAGACAGGUUCUUGAGUAAUUUAAUUAAAGAAGAUCCAUAUGUUGAUCUUAUGAUAUUCAUGCGUUGUAACAAGAUACGGGAACUAACUACUGAUGUAAAUAGGGUAACUAAAGCUUUGCAAGCAUCAACAAUAUUAUCUUUAUCCAAAGAUGGAACAAAAGUUUGUAGAGUAACCCCAAUAGUACAGAAAGAAAAUAUAGAUGAUUGUACAGUUUAUGUACAAAAUUUGCCUCCAGAUGCUGAUCAUGAAAUGCUGAGUACAAUAUUUUCUCAGUAUGGUCAAGUUGUAUAUGUUUCUGUUCCAAAAUUUAAAAUAAAUAAGAAAAUAAAGGGUUUUGCAUUUGUGGAAUUCAAUGCACCUGAAGAGGCUAAUAAAUGUCUCAGGGCUUUUCAAAAAAAAGGCUUUGUCUUACCUUCAUAUACUGCCCCUGAUGAAUUGUUAAGUAUUACUACUUUUGAUGAUGCAGAGAAGGAUGUGACAUUACGGGGAAAACCAAUAAAUUUCAAUGAAAACAAUACUUGUAUCAAUGAAAUUAUUGAUAACCAAGAACCAGAAAAUAUUGAAAUUGAUAAACCUGUAGAAGAAAAGGAAGAUUCUACAACAAUUAUGGAUUCUAAUACUACUUCUACUUUAGACAAUAAUGAAAAUACUAGUUCAGACAGUCAUGAAAAUAAAAAUAAAAAGAAGGCAAAAAAACGAAAGCACAAAGACUUAGAUUCUUCUGAAACCAUGGAUGCAGAAAAGCAGACAGAUAAUGAAUCAAUAAAAAAUAAGAAAAAAAAGAGUAAACAUUCUAUGGAUGUGAAUAGCGAUGAAAUGGAAUCUAGCAGUGAAAAACAAAGUGACAAUUUAGCUGAUAGUGUUCCAAAAAAAAUAAAGUGUAAGAAAUCUGUAUCCAUAAAUGAAGAGCAAGUAUCAGAUCAGUGUGAAGAAAUGGUAACUGAUGAUAGCACAGUUCCAGCCACAGAAGAGGAGAAAAUUACAAAGAAAAAUAAGAAAAAAAGAAAGAGGAAGAAGCAAAGUAAAAUCAAAGAUGUUAGUUACAGUAUGGGGUUACAGGUGAUGGCUAAAAAAGACUGGAAACAUCUUAGAAAUAAGUAUUUAGAAUUACAAAGAAGUAAAAUGAAACUUCUUAAACAACAUCUAAGGAAGACAAGGUGGAAUCAGUGGUCUAAUUACGAAAAAAAUAAAACUGACAAAGAAGAAACCGAUGAAAAGGACAAAAAGAACAAGCAAGAUAACACAAGUACAUGUCGUUUUUCAUUUUCUCCAGGAGUUAUAGUUAAAAUUGAAAUGGAUAAACCAUGUACAGAUCCAAAAAGUUUUAAAAUGGAACUGAAGAGCAAUAAUUCUGUAAAGUAUAUAGACGUUGAAAAUGAUUCUUACGUUGCAUAUGUAAGAUGCGAUACAAACGAAGCUGCACAAACCUUUGCCCAAAAGUCUGAUACCGAGCGGCACAUGUCAAUAUUAGAAGGUGAGGAAGAAAAAAUGUACUGGGAUAAAAUUUUACGCGAUAGGGAAGAAAAGUUAAGUAAAACUGUUAAGAUCAAACAGAGGGGAAGGAACAAAUUAUUGAAAAAAGCAGAGAAAGAACUUGGAAAACACAUUAAAUUUGAUGAAGUGUAAAAAAGAUGACAGAUUUUAUUUUUGGGAGAUAUACAUAUGUAAUAAUUGUACAUACUAUGGAAAUGAUUUACAGUAGUGAAAUAAUUGUGAAAAU